ACGUGCUGCCAUCUUCUUCCUCUAUCCCUCGAGUGUCCUGUGCUACUUCGACCUUCCGCGGGGUAACGAAACAAGGCCGUCAUAUACACCCGCCACGAGAUACCUUCGGGGCUUUGACUCGGUAUGUACAAACUUGAUUGCAAGUGUCUGUUAUUUCCCAUCUUGCAAGGUCUCUGUGUUUGGUUUUAUUGUCCAGGCUCGAGGUAUGAACAUCGUUCUGCUCGUCUGGUCCCUGCACCGUCGCCUGAUAUCAGGUCUUGGCAUCCACGACAAUGGCCAUUUCAAAGAGUCAUAAAUACCAGGACAGAGGACAACCUCGAAGUGCAACAUGGGCUGCUUUUAAGAUGCGGUUUGGUCCGUCACGAUCAGGCGCAGCGACUCUUCACCGGCCCUGCCGAUUGCUGGCAUUCACCUUCACCACGGUCACACCCAGCCUCCUGUAGAACCGCAGACAAUAGCACUUCUCGCUAUCGUGAAAGCUGCUACUGUCGACGACGGAUACUUUGGAGGCUGGGGUGUUCGAACACCUUACCCUGCGCUCAUCUUUCGCUGCUGAAUGUUUCCCAUCAACUCGCUCUGCUUCUUCCAUUGCGUCACCAUUUCAACCCAAUAUGUUCUCUCUACCUGCGCAUCCCUCGCAAUGGAUGAAGCUGCUCGUCUGAUCGGCAUGCUCAGAGCUUCUGCAGGCCAGAACGCUAACAUUGACAAGCUUGACAAGCCUCUCCACGUCGACUCCAACACGCAAGCCUAAGGCAGAACCUAAGGGCACACGGCACGUCCUCGGUCUUCUCAGGUCUUCAGUUAUCAG